ACCCGCGGCUCAGACCCUCCCGCGUCCCGGCGCGCCCGACCCGGCCCGGCCCGGCCCGGCCGUUGCGCAGCCGCCGCCAGCCCCGGGCCUGCGGGGCCGCCCGCCCCGCCGCGGCACCAUGGGCGCUGCCCACUCCGCGUCCGAGGAAGUGCGGGCGCUCGUGGGCAAGACGGGCUUCUCCUCAGACCAGAUCGAGCAGCUCCACCGGAGGUUUAAGCAGCUGAGCGGGGACCAGCCCACCAUCCGCAAGGAGAAUUUCAACAACAUCCCUGACCUGGAGCUCAACCCCAUCCGCUCCAAGAUCAUCCGGGCCUUCUUUGACAACAGGAACCUGCGCAGGGGGCCCAGCGGCCUGGCUGACGAGAUCAACUUCGAAGACUUCCUGACCAUCAUGUCCUACUUCCGGCCCAUCGACACCUCCAUGGACGAGGAGCAGGUGGAGCUGUGCCGGAAGGAGAAGCUGAGAUUUCUGUUCCACAUGUAUGAUUCGGACAGCGACGGCCGCAUCACCCUGGAAGAAUAUCGAAAUGUAGUGGAGGAGCUGCUCUCGGGGAACCCCCACAUCGAGAAGGAGUCUGCCCGCUCCAUCGCCGACGGGGCCAUGAUGGAGGCCGCCAGCGUGUGCGUGGGGCAGAUGGAGCCUGACCAGGUGUACGAGGGGAUCACCUUCGAAGACUUCCUGAAGAUCUGGCAGGGCAUCGACAUCGAGACCAAGAUGCACGUGCGCUUCCUCAACAUGGAAACCAUCGCCCUCUGCCACUGACCCGCCGCCGCCGGGGAGAGGGGGCGCCUGGCCCCGGCCCCCCGCGCCCCCCGCUGCACCUCCUGUAAAUAGUCCACACGCCCCCGCGGCCUGGUUUCCCUGUGGGGUACGGAAUGUGGCACUUGCUGUUUUUAUCUCUAAUAAAACGAGAAAGGGGUUUGUUAACGCACCCGGCUCCUGUCUGUUCCUA